GUGUUGUCCUUUGUCAAUAUCGGGUCUUGAGAAUUGUAAUCACUCAACUCAUAAAGAUUGUUCAACAAAUUGAUCAGAGUCGCAAUGGCAUCAAACAAUAUCGUGGUGCUCGGUGCAGGAGUUAUUGGCCUCACCACGGCGAUGCUACUCUCUCGAGAUCCCGAGAACAAAGUUACAGUUGCUGCAAAGCAUAUGCCAGGAGACUACGAUAUUGAAUACACCUCACCAUGGGCGGGCGCUAAUUACCUUCCAGUUGGACAGGAAGACAAUAAGAUCGGACAGUGGGAAAAAUUGACAUGGCCGCAUCUACAAGAACUGGCCAAAAACUGUCCGGAAGCAGGAAUCCAUUUCCAGGACACUUUGGUCUAUAACCGAAAGAAAGAUCAAGAAUCAACUACCGGAAAAUGGUUCGCUGAGUUGAUCAAGCCGAAUCCAUGGUAUGGAAAAGUCGUUCCUAAUUAUCGUGAACUCCCUCAAAGCGAACUGAGCCCCGGUGUCGAUAAUGCCAACAGCUUCACUUCAGUCUGCAUCAACACUGCUCUCUAUCUACCCUGGCUCGUCGGGCAAUGCCGACAGAACGGAGUCAUAUUCAAAAGAGCAAUCGUCAAGCAUAUUUCCGAGGCAGCUAAUCUUCAUCAUUCCGGAAGCAAGGCAGAUGUGGUCGUGAAUUGUACUGGUCUAUCUUCUCGUAGUUUGGGUGGUGUCAUGGACACCACUCUCUUACCGGCCAGGGGUCAAAUUAUCCUUGUGAGGAAUGACCCAGGUGUGAUGGCUAGUAUCUCCGGAACCGACGAUGGCGAUGAUGAAGCUACGUAUAUUAUGACACGGGCCGUUGGAGGCGGCACAAUCCUAGGCGGAUCCUACCAAAAGAACAACUGGGAUCCCAAUCCAGAUCCAAACCUAGCAGUUCGAAUCAUGAAGAGAUGCAUCGAACUAUGUCCUAGUCUGGUUGGUGAAGGUCAAGGCAUCGAAGGAUUGAGUAUUAUUCGACACGGCGUUGGUCUUCGACCACUACGUGAAAGUGGCCCACGAAUUGAAAGGGAAAGAUCUGAUGAUUUUUGGAUUGUUCAUAAUUAUGGACAUGCCGGGUAUGGGUAUCAGACUUCGUAUGGAAGUGCUGAAGACGCAGUUGGAUUGGUGAAACAAGCUUUGCAACAAGCGAAAAAGGCGAAGCUAUAAAAGACCGAGACACAUUGAUUUGUUACAUAUUUGAUGUAUAUACUCAUAAGCACGGUGUAUUUGCCGAUAAUUGAAUAGUUUGAG